UUUAUUUUAAUUAUGUCUGCAAAAGCAGAGGCUAUUUUGACUGAAGAAGAACAAGAACUUAAGAGAUCGUUUCAACGACUAAGAGAAAUUAAAGAGGCCGUUUUUGCGACAAAAUCUGUUCGGACUGGUGAAACGUCAAAAACAAAUAAAAAUGAUGUUUCCAAAGCACAGACUUUGCAAGAGGCGGAGGCUCGUGCGGAACAAGCUCGUCGCAAAGCUGCUGAGGGUCAACUUGCCUUCAAUCCAUCAUCAGGAAAUAGAACUUCAUUUAAAAAACGAAAAAAGAAUACAAGUGCCGAUGCAUCUCUUAACCAGUCUAUUAUUGGCGAACAACCAGCUGCAAGAGAUGUAAUGGAUGGUAUCGUUUUCCAAAAUAGAGUUCCAUCAAUGCGUGAUUUUAAAAUACCAAAAAAGAAGCCAAGAACUAGCGAAUCAAAUGAGGCAGAUCCAUUUAGUAAUAAAGGCGAUGAUAAUAGUGGAUUUUCUAGUGGAGGAUUCUCGAGUGGAUUUUCAAGUGGUGGAGGAGGUUCUAAUCGCAAGCCAUCUCUCGAUAAUGCUUUUGGAGGAAAACCUCAACGAUUUGGGGAAUCUGCCAACUCUGCUGAUUCUGUUGAAUUUGUUGGAGAAACGAGAGAAAAUGCUUUUGGGAAUUCAGGUUUUGGGGGCGGUGGUGGUGGCUCUAAAAAGUCUUCCGGAUUUGGUAGUGGAGGAAAUGGUGGAUUUUCAAAGAGUAGUAAUAGUUGGGGCGGCGGUGGAUUCCAAGAAAGCAGUGAACGUAGAAAUUCUAAUAAUGAUGAAGGAGGAUUUGGAAAUGUUGGUUUUGGGAAUUCAAGUUUUGGUGAAAAAAGUUCUGGCGGUUUUGGCGGGGACAAUAAUAAUAACGAUGGAGGAGGCGGAGGAGGAUUUUCUAAUUCUGCUUUUGGGAAUUCAGGUUUUGGGGGCGGUGGUGGUGGCUCUAAAAAGUCUUCCGAUUUUGGAACUGGUGGAUUUGGAAAUACUGGUGAUAGUAAUAAUAAUGAAGGAGGAGGUGGUGGUGGAUUUUCUAAUUCUGGAUUUGGAAACAGUGGUUUUGGAAAUUCUAGUUUUGGAGAAAAUUCAGAUGAUAGGCAACAAAAUAAUGGCUUUGGAGGUGGUGGAGGAAGAGGUAGAGGAGGAGGUGGUGGUGGAAGAGGUCGUGGCGGUGGUGGAGGUAAUAGAGGAGGAGGUGGAAGAGGCGGAGGGAUUUGUAACUUCUUCGCUCGCACCGGAAAUUGCAAAUAUGGAGAUACUUGCAAAUUUAAACACGAACAAGGCGAAGGUGGUGGAGACUCGUCAAAUAAUCGUGGAUUUGGUGGAGGAGGCGGUGGUCGCGGUAAUGAUCGUCGUGGUGGUAGAGGAGGAGGAGGUCGAGGUUUUCAACGUGACCGCGGUUCAAGUGAACAAAGUGAUGGAGGAAGUGGUGGAUUUGGCGGUGGGGGUAAUAAUAGUGGCGGGUUCCAAAAUAAAGGCGGGUUCCAAAGUGGAGGAAAUGGAGGAGGCGGUUUCAGUUCAGGAGGAUUUGAGACGGGUGGAUUUUCAAAUAGGUAUCUAUCAGUAAUUAAAUAUUUUUUGGGCUCUUUAUUCCUAUACAUAUUUCACUUUGUUUACUUAAAAGUAUUUAGGCUUUUUCGCGAGGGUAGAAAAUAUUUAUAUAACAAAAAAUUAAUGAAGAGAAAGCUUUUAAAUUCUAAAAUAAAUUUAACUUUCAGCGGGUUUGGAGGAGGUUCAAGUGGUGGAUUUGGAAAUUCUGGGGGUGGCGGAUUUGGUAAUAAUUCUGGUGGUGGAAAUCGUAACGGAAAGGGACGUCGAGAAUCAGAUGAGGGUGCUGGAGGGGGCGGAGGAUUUGGAAAUGAAGGUUUUGGGAAUGGCGGUUUUUAG